AUGGUAACUUCUUGUCGUGAGGUUGCAAAUGGCGCUUCCGACUCAGGCAGCGAGUUAGAGGUCAUUGUCGCACAUUGUGACUGGGAUGGAGAAGAGCGUGUCCACAGGCGAUUCAAUGUCAAGUACAUUGUCCCUGGUACAAAAAACCUCGUCAAAACUCAUACAUUAUAUCAAGCUGGUCGCAAAGUCAACAUCAUUGGCCGCUUAGUUGAUUUCGAUGUCAAAGACCACAUGGCAGUAGUCCUUGUCUCAUCUGUGUCAAUCACCUCUGGCCACCAACUUGGCCGAACCAUCACAGUUAAUCAAGGCCCCUCUACAUCCAGUCCGAUUGCUGGUAGGAAAUUUACAAGCUUCUCAAGCAAGAAAAAGGAUUCGCCACGCACUUCCCCUGCCGUUGACCGAUUGAAAUCAACAUUGCCUAACACAAAGGCCCCGAUCGGAGAACAUGAUACCAACAAAGCCGCCAAACCCGCUCAACCUCGCACUCUUGACAAAGGCAAGGCAAAGGCUUGCGAUAAUUCUGACAGUGAUCAAACAGACGCAUCAGAGGAUGAUUCGGGCUCUGAAAGUGCCGCUGAGGUCGCAGCUACCCCAAGUCCCCAAGCUAAACGUGGCCGACCUCGCAAGAGUAUCAUCCAAGAAGCUGCCAAACGUAUGAAAAAGCACUAA